CUUCCUUCCUCUUCUUCGCAACAACCAGUAGGGUUUAUCACUGCGCAUCUAAACCCCCAACACCAUGGCUGGAUCGCGAUCCUCUACGACGCGUCUACUAUACACUCUACGUUCAUCCAUCUAUCCAUCAUCAAGAUCGCCAACACCACCAUCACCCAUCACUGCUCUCCUCCAUCUCCACCGUCACUACUCCGCUGCACCAGCCGUGAGGGCGAAGGAUGAUAAGGAACCAUGGUGGAAGGAGUCGAUGGAUAAAGUGAGAAACAUCGGAAUAUCGGCGCAUAUUGAUUCGGGAAAAACGACGCUUACGGAGAGGGUUUUGUUUUACACGGGGAGGAUUCACGAGAUUCAUGAGGUCAGAGGGAAAGAUGGCGUUGGUGCAAAGAUGGACUCGAUGGAAUUGGAGCGAGAGAAAGGGAUUACUAUUCAGUCCGCAGCUACUUAUUGCACUUGGAAAGAUUAUCAGGUAAAUAUAAUCGAUACUCCAGGUCACGUGGACUUCACCAUUGAAGUUGAGAGAGCUCUGCGUGUUCUUGAUGGUGCAAUUCUUGUCCUCUGUAGUGUUGGUGGUGUUCAAAGUCAGUCAAUUACUGUUGAUAGACAAAUGAGAAGAUAUGAAGUUCCAAGAGUUGCUUUUAUCAACAAACUUGAUCGAAUGGGGGCAGAUCCAUGGAAGGUUCUCAAUCAGGCAAGGAAAAAGCUUCGACAUCACAGUGCUGCAGUGCAAAUGCCAAUAGGAUUGGAAGAGGACUUUCAGGGUCUUGUGGAUCUUGUGCAACUAAAGGCUUAUUUUUUUCAUGGCUCUAGCGGUGAAAAAGUUGUAACAGAAGAAAUUCCAGCUGAUAUGCAAGCAAUGGCUGCAGAAAAGAGACGUGAGUUAAUUGAAGCAGUCUCUGAUGUUGAUGAUCAGCUUGCUGAAGUAUUCCUUAAUGAUGAACCUAUAUCAGCUGCUGAUCUUGAGGCAGCUAUUCGUAGAGCAACUAUAGCACGGAAAUUUAUACCAGUAUUUAUGGGUAGUGCUUUUAAGAAUAAAGGAGUACAACCGCUUCUUGAUGGCGUUCUUUGUUAUUUGCCUAAUCCACUUGAAGUUGACAAUUUUGCCCUUGACCAAUCUAACAAGGAAGAAAAGGUCAAGCUGUCUGGAACGCCAGCUGGACCAAUGGUUGCAUUGGCUUUUAAACUGGAAGAACGACAAUUCGGUCAAUUGACAUAUUUAAGAAUCUAUGAAGGUAUUCUCAGGAAAGGCGAAUUCAUAACAAAUAUUAAUACAGGAAAGAAAAUUAAAGUAUCGAAACUAGGCCGGAUGCAUUCAGAUUCUAUGGAGGACAUUCAAGAAGCUCAUGCAGGUCAAAUUGUAGCAGUAUUUGGUUUAGAUUGUGCAUCAGGAGAUACUUUUACAGAUGGAUCAGUCAAAUACACCAUGACUUCCAUGAAUGUUCCGGAACCUGUUGUGUCAUUAGCUGUUUCACCUGUUUCAAAAGAUUCCGGAAAACAAUUCUCAAAAGCUUUGAAUCGUUUUCAAAGAGAGGACCCCACAUUCCGUGUUGGAUUGGACCCCGAGAGUGGUCAGACAAUUAUAUCGGGAAUGGGAGAGUUGCAUUUGGAAGUUUAUGUGGAACGCAUUAAGAGGGAAUAUAAGGUUGAUGCAACUGUUGGAAAGCCUCGUGUGAACUUCAGAGAGACAAUUACACAACGUGCAGAAUUUGAUUAUUUACAUAAGAAGCAAAGUGGAGGCCAAGGUCAAUAUGGAAGGGUGGUUGGGUAUAUGGAGCCACUGCCAGCUGGAUCAGAGAGGAAAUUUGAAUUUGAGAACAUGAUAAUAGGACAAGCUAUACCCUCCAACUUCAUCCCACACAUUGAGAAGGGUUUCAGGGAAGCUGCCAAUUCGGGUUCUUUGAUUGGAUUCCCAGUUGAAAAUAUUCGUGUGGUUAUGACAGAUGGUGCUUCUCAUGCUGUGGAUUCCAGUGAACUUGCUUUCAGAUUAGCUUCAAUUUAUGCUUUUAGACAGUGUUAUGCAAAAUGCAAGCCAGUGAUACUGGAGCCUGUGAUGUUGGUAGAAUUGAAAGUGCCAACAGAAUUUCAGGGCACUGUUGCUGGUGACUUGAACAGGAGAAAAGGCAUAAUUGUUGGAAAUGACCAAGAUGGAGAUGAUUCUGUCAUCAAUGCCCUUGUCCCACUGAACAAUAUGUUUGGAUACUCUACAGCUCUUCGUUCCAUGACACAGGGAAAGGGUGAAUUCACCAUGGAAUACAAAGAACACUCACCAGUUUCUGCAGAUAGUGAAAUUACUACCCAUCCCUUUUUCCCCAAAUCUGUACGUCGUGUUCCCUCCCUCUUCGUCGUUCCAAAGAAUAUCCCCAACCCUCCUCUCCUCCUGUGCUGCCUUCUACCGCCGGCCAAACCCACCCCGGUCGCGACCUCCACUGCUGUCGCUCCUCUUCUUCACCGCACACGUGCACCUCGACGGUGCUGUUAUCGCCUCUGUGCGGUCGCUCCUCUUCAUCACAACAGGAUGGAAAACACAGAAGCAAGUUUCUCUACUUUUGGUAUUUCAGAAGAGGAAGGUGACAAGCUUGUUGCAGAAGUAAUUCGCUAUAUUCUUUUUAAAACACAUCAGAAUUCUGGAUGCCCAAUCAAGAGAGAAGAACUAAGUCAACUAAUAACAAAAAACUAUCACCAUAGAUAUCUUCCAACUCUUGUUCUCAACAAAGCCACUGCAAAACUUUCAACCAUUUUUGGUUAUAAUUUGAAGGAGCUUCAACGUUCUCGCCCUUCAUCAAAUAAUCAGGCCCGAUCUUCACAGAGUUCUGCUGACUUAAAAUCAUACAUUAUAACAAGUCAACUAGAUCCUGGAGUCUACAAAAAGCAUGUUGAAGAUACAACAAAAUCAAACUUGACUGGAUUUGCAUUUGUUGUUAUUGGCAUUGUUCAUCUUGCUGGAGGCAAAAUUACUGAAGAAAGUCUUUGGCACCAUUUAGGGCGAUUGGGUAUGUCACAGAAUGAUGAAAGGCACACUGAUUUUGGGAAUAUCAAACAGACAGUGGAAACACUUGUCCAACAAAGAUAUUUGCACAAGGAUAAAAGUAAUGGCCCCGAAGGGUUAACAUUGUUUUAUGAGCUUGCAGAAAGAGGUUUGGAUGCCACACUUAGCAGUAGCUUUAAAGACUCCUUAUCACAGAUUGUCACGAGUGAGGCGACUGCAAUUGGACUUGACUAGUAUCCAAUUUGCUUAAUUUAGUUUAGUGGAAACUCUAACCCUUUUGGUUUUAUAUUUUGUAAAAAAUUUAGAAGAAUCUUCAAAUGCUUAUUUGUGCAACAAUGUUUCACCGAAUUAUGAAACCAAAUUUCAACUGGUUAAACAUGUUACAUGUGAUGUAUGUACAAUGUUGUAUGUUUCGUACUAGAAUAGUAGAAUGGGCCAU